AUGACUGGAGACAACAUUGCUCCUGAGAUGAAUGGUUUUCAGGCCUUCUUCGAGAGCUGGCUUUCUGAACAAGACCAACAUCUCCAGGACCUCAUCAUUGCCUCCAAACAGCACCAAAAAAGAGCUGCAGACGACGAUGAUCGGGUCUUGUUAAGUUCAUUGGUAGAGAGAGUGGUGAAACAUUAUGAACAAUACUACAACAAGAAGUCGCAAUGGGCCAAGCAAGACGUGCUGCGAAUGCUGUCUCCGCCAUGGAGGAGCUCAUUGGAAGACGCAUUCCUUUGGAUAGGUGGCUGGCGACCAAGCAUGGCUUUUCAUUUGCUCUACUCAAAGUCGGGGCUGCAGUUAGAGGCUAGUUUUGCUGAGUUGAUGCGAGGGUUGAGGUUGAGCACAGGUGACUUGGGGGAUCUAUCACAUUGCCAGCUCACCAUGGUGGACAAGGUGCAAAGAAGGACUAUCGAGGACGAGAAGCACCUGUCGGAAAAGAUGGCCAAACUGCAAGAGACUGUGGCUGAUGCUACACUUGUGGAGCUGGCGCAUGAGGCCACCGAGAUGAUGAGGAACAAUGAGGUCCAUGAAGGAGGAGCUGAUGAUCAUAUGGAGCGAGUUGAGUCGACUCUAGCUUCCAAGGAGGAAGGUUUGGAGAAAAUUUUGCACAAGGCUGAUGAUUUAAGGAUGAAAACACUCAGGAACAUCACACAAAUUCUGAGUCCACUCCAGGCUGUUCAUUUCUUGAUUGCUGCUGCAGAGUUGCACUUGAGGGUUCAUGAUUGGGGCAAAAAGAAAGACGCCUUAAGCCACUAA